UUCUUUCUGUCGUCGGGGCUCGUGGCAAGACAGUGGCGUGGAGAUGUGGACCAUUGGCUGCGCCCUGCUUGUCGCACUGGUCGUGUCCGUCUGUCACAGCCUCGGUCGCUGGUUGAUCAGGCAGCGUCGUAAAUGCUUCAACGCUUUCGAUGGUACUGCAGUACCGACCGUGCCACUACAGAGCCUCAUCAGCGGCAAUUCCCAUGAAUUCUGGAAACCCACUACAAUCAAGAGGCUCGAUCAAUGGAUAAAGGAAUACGGCAACGUAUUUGGAUUCUUUAUAGGAGAUACGCCAUUCAUGGUGGUCAAGGAUCUGGACAUGAUAAAUGAAAUAUUCAUCAAGGAGUCAAGCAAGUUUUCAGGGCGUGGCCACAUGUUUAACAUCAUCGAGCAGGAUCCACUCUUCGCUAGGUACAUCAUCCUUUCGAAGGGUGCAGUGUGGAAGAGCUCCCGAAACUGCAUGUCGCAGUUCUUCACCUCCUCCAAGCUCAGAGCGGUGAUGCCGUCUCUGCUGCACGCCCAGCAGCAGUUCAUCGAUAUCCUAGACGAGCGCGCGGAGCGCGGCGUUGACGUGGACAUCAACAGCCUCUGCGAGCGCUUCACCUUUGACGUGAUUGGCAAGGCAGCGUACGGCAUCGACACGAACGUGCAGCGCAAUCCCGACUGCCCGUUGUUUAAGGACGCACUCGCCGUCCUUCCGAACGUCACUUCGGGCCUUCUUUACCAUCUUGCCCCCCCACUACCACAAGAUAUACUAAACCAGCUUUCAUCAAACUGCAUGACGGUUUUCCUGGGAGGGUACGACACCACGAGGCUGGUUCUGACUUGCUGGUUUUACCUUAUGGGAAAACAUCCGGAGGUGCAGGAGAAAAUGCGUCAAGAGGUGCUCGAAGCUUUUGAAAAAGAGGGAGAUCAGCUAUCUUUGCUUACUCUGACGACGCUUCCCUACUCCAACCAAGUCAUUUCUGAGACCAUGCGGCUAUACCCUCCUAUAAUCACAUUUACCUCACGUUGUGCGGACGGAGACUAUCGUUACGGAAAAUAUGUCAUCAAAGAAGGCACCUCAGUUCUGGUGCCCACGUACCAGCUACAUCAUGAUCCACAAUACUGGAACGAGCCGGAAAAAUUUGACCCAGAAAGGUUCAGUCCGGAAAACAAGCGCUUCAUUAAUCCCACUGCCUACCAGCCUUUCGGCCUGGGACCGCGUAUAUGCCUCGGUCAGCGACUAGCGCUUGCUGAGCUGGUCUCAGCUGCCGCGCAAACGCUGCGCCACUAUCGCAUCACCCUGGCCAGGAGUCAGAAGUGUGACCUUGAGAUAUACACCUACUCUGUUAUGGCAGCACCUAAAGAGACAGUGUUCAUCCGACUACAUAAGCUGCAUAGCGUGACAUGACUUCACCGCUGAGCCAUCUAAGGAAUAUUGUGCGUUUCAAAGCUGCAUAAGAACUUUUUAUUAAACAGCGUCAUGAUAUAGUGUUUAAAUGCCAAUGGUACUUUUGUGCAAGAAAAAUGUCAUCAUCGGGCCAUUAUUAUAUGUAGGAGGGACGCCGGAUAUACGUUAGUUGCUUAUAAUGAACUAUUACUGGCCCUAUUCAGGUAGAUUGUGAGUGAACCAGUCCAAUAAAUAAGA